CAUAAAUGAAAUCAUUAACGGAAAAAUGGGCGAAUUCCCUGGUCUCAUCCCAUUAAUUCACAGUUACUUGUCUAGCAUGGAAGUUGACACAGACACGCAUUGUACCAUCCAACAGUAUCUAAAGCUCAUUUCGCGUCGUGCGUCCGGCCAAAUCGACACGACAGCUAGUUGGAUACGUCGGUUUAUCCAAGAACAUCCGGCGUACAAACGAGAUUCUGUCGUUAGCGAUGAAAUCAAUUAUGACCUAUUAAUGACGGCCGACGGCAUCCAGUCUGGUCGCAUUUCUUGUCCUCGACUUUUGGGAGACUGUCUGCUAGCCAACUCAAAAACAAAGGAAACAAUACCGCCGGCCGUGCAAAAGGUAUAUUCUUGUACUCCGUAGAUGUGCAUAGUAUGUUGCUGUUAUCCUGUUAUUCAAUAAUAAUUGUUGUGCUUUAUUGAAGUACCAUCAGUAACAAUAAAUAACACUAUAUUUAUUAAAAUAAGAAUUUAUUUAAUAUCAUAAAUUUUUAUACUUUAUAUAUUAUAAUAUAAUAAUAAUUGAUUAAUAAAAGUAACAUAUUAUAUAUAAAAUAAAAUAGGGCAUAUUAUUGGGAAUUAUUAGGAAAGAACAUUAUACCUAUAUUGUACAAGGUACACACACACACACACACACACACACACACAUAUAUAUAUAUAUAUAAUAUAUAAAUUACGUUUUUUAAAACUGUUUAUUAUUUUAAUAUAUUAUUGUAUACAUUAAAUAAAUAAAUAAAAGUUGAUUGACAUGCUUAGUCGCUGUCUUCGUUUUUAAAGUA